AUGAGCCCACUUCCCGAGGAAUAUGACAUUAUCGUGUGCGGUGGAGGCAGCUGUGGCUGCGUGGUGGCCGGAAGACUGGCCAACUUGGACCAUAACCUGAAGGUCCUCCUCAUUGAGGCUGGAGAGAGUAACCUCAACAAUCCAUGGGUGUUCCGGCCUGGUGUCUAUCCCCGUAACAUGAAACUCGACUCAAAAACGGCAUCAUUCUAUGAGUCUCGCCCAUCCAAAUGGCUAGCUGGCAGAAAGGCGGUAGUACCAUGUGCUCACAUUCUCGGCGGUGGGUCGUCCAUCAACUUCUUGAUGUACACCAGAGCUUCUGCGUCCGACUACGACGACUUUCAAGCGGAGGGCUGGACUACGAAAGAGUUGUUACCUCUGAUGAAGAAACACGAGACCUAUCAAAGAGCAUGCAACAACAAGGAUAUCCACGGCUUUGAGGGACCAAUCAAAGUUUCUUUUGGCAACUACACGUACCCCAUUAAGGAUGACUUCCUCAGAGCAGCGGAGUCACAGGACAUCCCAUUUGUCGAUGACCUGCAAGACCUUAGCACGGGCCAUGGCGCUGAGCAUUGGCUCAAAUGGAUCAAUCGAGACACCGGCAGACGCAGUGACAGCGCCCACGCCUACGUUCACUCUACUCGCGCUGUCCAUUCGAAUUUAUACCUCGCUUGCAACACCAAGGUUGACAAGAUAAUCAUCGAGGAUGGCCGUGCAGUUGGAGUUCAGACUGUCCCAACCAAGCCUCUUCAUCCCAGCCAAAACAAGACGCGUAUAUUCAAGGCGAGAAAGCAAAUCGUCGUCUCGGGCGGCACUCUGUCUUCCCCAUUGAUUCUUCAGCGAUCUGGAAUCGGCGACCCCGAGAAACUAAGAAAAGCUGGAGUCAAGCCGAUUGUUGACCUUCCAGGAGUAGGACUGAACUUUCAAGAUCACUACUUGACAUUCUCCACCUACAGAGCAAAGCCGGAGACGGAGAGUUUUGAUGACUUUGCUCGAGGCGUCCCCGAAGUACAGAAGAGGAUCUACGACGAGUGGGCUCUCAAAGGCACUGGGCCGCUUGCCACCAAUGGCAUUGAUGCAGGUGUCAAGAUUCGCCCAACUGAAGAAGAGCUCAAGGAGUUUGAGUCAUGGCCGACGCCACAUUUCAAAGACGGCUGGAAGUCGUAUUUCGAGAAGAAGCCUGACAAGCCGGUCAUGCACUACUCUGUCAUUGCGGGUUGGUUCGGGGACCACAUGCUCAUGCCACCCGGAAACUUCUUCACAAUGUUUCAUUUCUUGGAGUACCCUUUCUCGCGUGGCUUCACGCACAUCAAGUCAGCAGACCCAUACGACACACCGGACUUCGACACUGGCUUCAUGAACGAUGAACGUGAUAUGGCUCCCAUGGUCUGGGGCUAUAUCAAAUCACGUGAGACAGCUCGUCGCAUGGAAGCCUAUGCUGGCGAAGUCCAGGACAAGCACCCCUUCUUUGACUACGACUCCCCUGCCCGUUCGUACGACAUGGACCUUGAGACUACGAAGAAGUAUGCCCUACCAGGUAACUUGACAGCCGGCCUGCAGCACGGAAGUUGGAGCGAGUUCUGCCCACAACCCACUAAGCAAGCAGCGGCGAACAUUCUCAACAGCAACAAGACAAAUAUCAGAGAAGAUCUGAAGUACUCCAAGCGGGAUAUCGAGGCGAUUGAGGAGUGGGUCAAGCGACAUGUCGAAAGUACCUGGCAUUGCUUGGGAACCUGCUCUAUGGCGCCCAAAGAGGGCAACAGCAUCGUAAAGCACGGUGUGCUCGAUGAGCGUCUCAACGUCCACGGAGUCAAGGGACUCAAGGUCGCUGAUCUGAGUAUCUGCCCCGACAACGUCGGCUGCAAUACGUACUCUACCGCUCUUCUAAUAGGAGAGAAGUGUGCCGUACUCACGGCUGAAGACCUCGGAUACUCUGGCGAGGCCUUGGAUAUGAAGGUCCCGACUUACCAUGCACCCGGAGAGGUGUCGUUGCCGUUCCGCGUCUAA